GCCUGAGGCCGCUACGCGUGCGCGGUGGGCGGAGCGCGCCUCUCUUACCACCUUUGCCAGCCCAAGUCUUCCCAUCCUUCCUCUGCCGGUGUGGUGCUCGUGUUUCCGCACUUCGUCGCCGAGAGUCGCUGCCGAGUGGGCGCUCGGUGUUCGGGUCGCCAUGGCUGGUUACGAAUACGUGAGCCCGGAGCAGCUGGCUGGCUUCGAUAAGUAUAAGUACAGCGCUGUGGACACCAAUCCGCUCUCUCUGUAUGUCAUGCACCCGUUCUGGAAUACUAUAGUGAAGGCAUUUCCUACUUGGCUGGCUCCAAAUCUGAUAACCUUCUCUGGCUUUCUGCUGGUCGUGUUCAAUUUCCUACUCAUGGCAUACUUUGAUCCUGACUUCUAUGCUUCAGCACCAGGUCACAAGCAUGUACCCGAUUGGGUUUGGAUUGUGGUGGGAAUCCUCAACUUCAUAGCCUACACUCUAGAUGGCGUGGAUGGAAAGCAAGCCCGGAGAACCAAUUCCAGCACCCCUUUAGGGGAGCUUUUUGACCAUGGCCUUGAUAGUUGGUCAUGCGUGUACUUUGUUGUGACUGUGUAUUCCAUCUUUGGACGAGGACCAUCGGGUGUCAGUGUUUUUGUUCUUUAUCUCCUACUAUGGGUAGUUUUGUUUUCUUUCAUCCUGUCCCACUGGGAAAAGUAUAAUACAGGGAUUCUUUUUUUGCCGUGGGGAUAUGACAUUAGCCAGGUGACUAUAUCUCUUGUCUACAUAGUGACUGCGAUUGUGGGAGUUGAGGCCUGGUAUGAACCUUUCCUGUUUAAUUUCUUAUAUAGAGACCUAUUCACUGCAAUGAUUAUUGGCUGUGCAUUAUGUGUGACUCUCCCAAUGAGCUUAUUAAACUUUUUCAGAAGCUAUAAAAAUAACACCUUGAAACACAAUUCAGUCUAUGAAGCUAUGGUUCCCUUUUUUUCUCCAUGUUUGCUAUUCAUUUUGUCUACAGCAUGGAUCCUUCAGUCACCUUCAGAUAUUUUAGAGAUACAUCCUAGAAUAUUCUACUUUAUGGUUGGAACAGCCUUUGCCAACAUCACAUGUCAGCUGAUUGUCUGUCAAAUGAGCAGUACCCGGUGCCCAACUUUGAAUUGGUUGCUGGUUCCUCUUUUCUUGGUCCUCCUGGUGGUGAAGUUAGGAGUAUCCCCUUCCAUUGAGAGCGCUCUCUUGUAUACCUUAACGGCUGUCUUCACGCUGGCUCAUGUCCAUUAUGGAGUACGAGUGGUCAAGCAGCUGAGCAGCCAUUUUCAGAUUUAUCCCUUCUCAUUGAGGAAACCAAACUCGGAUUGACUAGGAAUGGAAGAAAGGAGUGUUGGCCUGUAAUCUACAGAAGGCAGUACUGUAAAUAAGAUGCUUGUAAAUAUUUCAUCCAUCACCAUUGAACUAAACUGAUCUGCUUAACAGUCAUGGGAACUCAGUGUGUAUAGUUCUCGGACAGCAAGAGUGAUACGAAUGAUCUGAACUCACGGAAUUUUGGACCUACUAACUCCCAACUUACUGUUUAUACAACCAUGUGGCUUUUUGGUUAGGCAUAAUGUACUUUAGACCAGAAAAAUGUUUCUAAUGAUUUUAGCUUCAUGAUUCCAUAAUGUUUUGGUUCAUACAGAGUUAAAGAUGCUCUGUCUUUAUUUUUAAAGCCCCAAGAUUGGUUUAGGAACCCUGAUAGCAUUAAGAAAACCACAAAAUGUUUUCAAAUUUGGUACUGCUUCCCUAGUAGGUCCUUAGCUGUGGAAGUUAUCAGUAGCCCAAAUCUAAGGUAGGGAAAAGAUAAGAGCAAGCCCCUGUUAGCUGGAGAUGCCAAAUGAUUACAGAACAGUGUGCAGUUGCCAAAUACUGGUUCCUCUUUCCCACGGAAAUGCCUUUUGUCCUCAUGUGCUUAGAGAGCUAGUAUAUAUGUAUUUAGAUUCUCUAGUAUUCCGGCUCUCUUUCUUGGAAACAGAUCUUGAUAAAUAGUUUAAUUUUAUUUUAUGUCUUAAAAUUUUUUUAAAGUUUAUUUAUGGAGAGAGAGCGAGAGAGGGAGAGAAAGGGAGAGAGCACAAGCGGAGGAGGGGCAGGGAGAAGGAGAGACUGAAUCCCAAGCAGACUCCAUGCAGUUAGCGCAGAGCGGAUCGGGGGGUCGAACUCACAAACUGCAAGAUCAUGACCUGAGCCGAGAUCGUGAGUCAGAUGCUUAACUGACUGCACCACCCAGGUGCCCCAGUUUAAUUUUCUGUUAAAGAAAAAUAUUCUAUUGAGACUUAGUAGAGAAUGGAUUCUCAUUGUAGCUCACACAUUAAUGUGGUUCAUUGUUUAAACGUGGUAUUUUCCCCCCUCAGCUGCAAGUUGCUGAGAUUUGUGCCUGCAAACUAUGAUGAUGUGAAUGCAUGUGACAGUCCCUGUCUUGUGAUAAUUACUCGUAAGGGACACAGAGAUCUCUUUUUAGAAAAAUAUGUUUUGGAGUUAGGAAUCUCAUGAACCUCGCUAUGAAUUACUGCUAUGAACCUCACUCCAAAAUUAGUUUUCUGAUUCAAUUUAUUCUUCCAUCCGUCCGUCCUGUCUCUUUUUUGUGGAGGAGAGAGUGCUGUGUUUUUUAUUUCAUACAGGAUAAAGGAGUAGCAAUUCCUUCUUCCCCAAUCGGCCCACUUCCCCAGUUGAAGAAAACUUUUGAGAUAUAUGCCUUAACCUAGUACCUCCUCUCUUUAAAAUGACUUGGAAUAAUAGUUGAGGUUCAGUGACAGACGUAAAAAUCCCUUUGACUUCAGAGUGGUCGUUCAAUAGAUGACACCUUCUCAUGAAUGUGGAUAUUUUCUUUCUUUUUGACAUUGUCUCCAUUGAGUUGGGUGGUGGUGAGAUUUACUUGCUGACUUUUCUUUUCUUUUCCACUGAAUGAAGUUUGUGCUUGAAUGAAGAGUGUAUCUUAAACCCUUUUUUUUUUGGAUGGAUUGCACUUGGAUAAAAUAGGCACCACUGUGUUGAUAUGUAAUUACAUUCUUUACCAUUAUUUAUCUAUGAAUGUGACCAUCGUUAAAUUUAAUUAUAGUGUAUUCCUUUUUGAAUUUCAGUCUGCUGCUUUGUAAAAAUAACUAUGUAGUUGAUACUUCAGUUUUUAAAUUUGUAAAUUCUAAUCACUGUCAUCCAGUUUAUUAGAAAUGAGUCCAGGAGCUAACUCAGUGGUUCUGUACUCAUUUUUAAAAACGGCUCAUAAAGGUUGAAGUAUAUUUGGUGACUUUUUCUGAGACCGAAAAUAGGUGAGAAGUUGAUCAGGAAAAUGUGGGUAGUGAUUCCAUGUUUGUUAGUAAAUUGCCAUCAUGGAGGUCCGAGAAGGAACAAAUUAAGUAACGGUAACUAUUUUUUGUAUGCCUUGUCUUUUGUCAUCUGUAAAAUUGACCUGUUUGGGCUGGGGACAAAGCUUCAUUCAAAGGCUUCUGAGCUAAUCAUUUUACUGUCUUGUUGACCUUUGACACAGAAUGAGAUUAAUGUGUAUUAUAUAAGAAAAGAACUGAUGAAUAUUUAUUAAAUGACAAAUUUGGACCACAGGCUUUCUUCACCUUGCACAGUAUAGUUACACACACACACACACACACACACACACACACACACACACCCCCUUUCUGGCACUUCUGGGGCUGUUUUCCUCCAAGUGUGUUUCUGUUCUUUUUUCCUAUUGCAUCAGGUUUAUUUGAAAUCGUUUGUGCCUGUGCUUUAUGUCCCCUACAGUGGUAAAGAACCACGCCGUAGUUUCAUUGGCACCGUUAGAUGAAAGAAAGGGCUGUCAGCAAGAUCAAAGCGAAACUGAGUAACUGUCCCAGAAUACUGUGGACUUGGGAAUCUCUAGCGGCCUGCUGACCUGUCCUGGGUUUGGUCGUCAUCUUGAGACGUUACUCGUGAUGCAGCAGCCGAGGCAGGACCCCGUCACAGAGAGCGCUGAGCAUUCGUCAGUGCCAAGCACCAUAACAUUUCCAAAGUAGAGAUACAAAUAGAAGAGAUAUUUCGGGCUUCUGCGUGAUACUGUGGGGGUGAGCCGAGCACCCCAGCCUUCCUCCCGGCACACGCCCAGCUGCCUGUAGGGGAGCAGCGGCCUGGUGAGCCGCGCAUGCGUGUUUCCCAUCCGCUGCAGAGUAGAGCGCCUUAGCCAGGCCCGAGGUUCGCUUUGUGUCUCUGCUGACCAGAGUUACCCAGACCUUGAGAAGUUUCCUGUCAGGUUAUGGUACGAAAACUGUCCUUUCGUGCUUGACACAAACGAUUUCCCUCUUUUUGAGGAGGGGCAUGGGGUAGAGCAACCUUUACCUGAGUAGAGUAUGUCAUUGCGCCGUGCCCGAUCCUUGACUUGUCACAGGUGUGUCGGCACCCUCCAUCCACACACAGUGGAUGCAGUGUAUGACUGUUAGUCUCAAGAGUAACAUAUAGGAAACAAAAUUGUCCUUGGCAUUUUAAUCACACUGUGCUUAAAAUACUCUUAAUUCUAAUUUUCAAAAAGCUCCAUGCUGAUGACGGUCUAGAAUGUUACAGUACUAUGACCAGCAUGUCGUUCAUUUUAGUAUAGAGGCUUGAGGAAGAGGAAUGCGUGUCUAGCGUUGCCCACAUUCUAAAUAGGUACCACAAGAGCAUUGAUCAUGACCCGGGGUCUGGACUUUGGAGGAAUAAGCAAAAGAAAAAGCAGGCAUAGGGUCUACUUUAAGGAGAAGAAGGGCUCAUCAUAGUGCCCAGUGAUCCUAGUGCAAUGCAGAGCUUAACUUUUCACAUUUCCAUUUAAAUCAUCAUCAUUCCUCCACUCAUUUCAAAUUCAAAUGUAGAUUUGAGUGUCCUACGGGCUCGAUUUUCAAAGAAUUGAUUUUGCAGUCAGUUGAAAAACCUUUGGAAUGUACCUUGCUUGCCAAAGUAGACUUUGGUUCUAUCACCUGUGGAAAAUAAAAAUAUAAACUGAA